GGGAGGCGCCUCCCGGGCGCACCCGGAGGCGAGGGCGGGACCCGGCCGGGAGCCCCCGCCUCCCGGGGACGCCGCCCCCCGGAGGGCUUCUCGGAGGUGGCGGCCUUGGCCUCGGGCCUGCCGGAGGGCAGGAGGUGAGGCCAACUGCUUUGGCCCCCGGCGGAGCCCAGCUGCUGAUCCUGGGGCUUGCAAGAGAGCACCCGUCGCUGAUCCGCCUGCUCCUCCGCACCCUGGUGAUGGCAGCCAUUCUCCUGACGUCAAGACCCAAGGUGCCAGUGUCUUUUGAGGACGUGUCUGUGUACUUCACAAAGACAGAAUGGAAGCUUCUGGACCUCAGACAAAGGAUCCUCUACAAGCAGGUGAUGCUGGAGAACUAUGGCCAUCUGGUGUCACUAGGAUUUUCCUUCUCCAAGCCUCACCUGAUCUCCCAGCUGGAGCGAGGGGAGGGGCCCUGGGUAGCAGGCAUCCGCAGAACAGGGGCUGCCGCAGGACCGCAGGAAGGUGACUGGAUAAAGAGCAAGACGUCAAUUUCAAAGCAGAAACAUUCUCAAGGAGAACUCCCAGGCGCUGAUCUUCAGGGUGCCAAGGGGGGUCAGGUAGCGAGGUCGCCUCUGCCGCAGGGCCGUCCCGCGGGAGCCUCGGCGCCACGAACUGCCCAGGGCGGCGGGCAGAGUUCGCUUGGCCAGCAGCAGUGCCCCAGUGGUGCCGAGAAGCGGUACCUGUGUCAGCAGUGCGGGAAGUCCUUCAGCCGCAGCUCCAACCUCAUCAAACACCGGGUCAUCCACAGCAGCGAGAAGCCCUACGCCUGCCCGGACUGCGGGAGGCUGUUCCGGCGCAGCUUUGCUCUGCUGGAGCACGCGCGCAUCCACAGCGGCGAGAAGCCGUAUGCGUGCGGUGAGUGCGGCAAGGCCUUCACGCGCAGCUCCAACCUCAUCAAGCACCAGGUCAUCCACAGCGGCGAGAAGCCCUACGCCUGCCCGGACUGCGGGAAGCUGUUUCGGCGCAGCUUUGCGCUGCUGGAGCACGCGCGCAUCCACAGCGGCGAGCGGCCCUACGCGUGCCCGGAGUGCGGCAAGGCCUUCAGCCGCAGCUCCAACCUCAUCGAGCACCAGCGCACGCACAGUGGCGACAAGCCCUACACCUGCAGCCAGUGCGGCAAGGCCUUCAAGGGCGUCUCACAGCUCAUCCACCACCAGCGCAGCCACAGCGGUGAGAAGCCCUUCGAGUGCCGCGAGUGUGGCAAGGCCUUCCGAGGCCGCUCGGGGCUCAGCCAGCACCGGCGCGUGCACAGCGGCGAGAAGCCCUUCGAGUGCAGCGACUGCGGCAAGGCAUUCGGCCGCCGGGCCAACCUGUUCAAGCACCAGGCAGUGCACAGCGGGCGAGAGCGAGCAGGCGCCAGGACUGCCAGCCGGCCCGGGAGCAGCCCAGGCGGGAGGGCCGCAGCGGGAGACCCUCCGCGGGCAGGCAGCGCCACCCGGCCUGGCGCGAGUCGCAGUUGAGUCCCUGGCGUGGGACGGCCUGCGGGGGGAGGCCACAGCUGGAUGAUGCCCUCGCAGGGGAGCAGCUGCGGCCACCAGAAGACUCAGGGCAGAACCCAGCCCUGAGGCUGAGACACAGGCCACAGACUCAGAAGGGAGCUCCGCAGAGCCUGAGCCCGGCGCAGUGUGCUGCCACCCCUCCCCUGAUGAACUACCGCUGACAGCUGAUACAUAGGGACUUCGCCGACCACGCCUGCGCCGCUGCGGAGGGCACUGUGCUGUGUGCGCAGGCGCGUGAGUGUGUGUGCAGGGGACACGGGAGCAGGUUUGCGCAUCGUGCCGGGAUCCGCUAAUCUGCACUCUCGUCUGCUGUGCAACAGAAUUGCAUGCCACGGUGUAGGGCAGGGAGCACCAGUAGAGCCAGCAUGGGGCGGUGGCCCUUGAGUUUACAGAGGACUGGGCCAUUUCCCUUCAUGGGGUCGCUCCCUCCCCCUGAGAGUUGUGGGUGUUCCCAGGUAGGGGACACUAAAGCACUUUAGUUCUUCCAGCACUCACAGCUGGAGGGGUCUGAGGCUAGCCUGCUGCUCUGCUCUCCCAAUUCUGGCAUGGGGCAGGAGCGAGCCUGCGGGUGCCUCUGGGUGGGCCAGCACCCAGCCCACAUCACCCCCCAGGGUGGUUAUGGGGAGUGGCUGGCCCAGGCCCUGCAUGCAGGACCAGGCCCAGGGCUCUCAGCUGCUCUUCCUGGGAGAGGAGCCCUUCACCCUGUUGCUCACGUUUCCUGCCAGCCACCCCGCUGGCUUCAGUCUCCUCCCCGCCCACCCACUGCCUUCUGCCCCAGAUCCCACCAGCAAAGGCCACCUCGGCCUAAAGCUUCAAACUUACCUGCUCCUCCUCUCAGGCAGCCUCCCCUUGUGGCUGGUGACAAUUAGGAGGAAAGCAUGAUGGAUUUGGAAUUUGCACUCAGGUGGCCCUGCAUUGCAACAGAGCAUGCCCAGCAUCUCCCAUUGACUCUUUCACAUGACAUUUCUUCGAAUUGGGGAGGCUCAGUUGCUUUGAAUGUUUUUGUAUUCAGGGUUAAUGUAGAUUGAAACACAGAGCUUUGCCAUAUGAGCGUGUCAGGGAAUUACCCCCCCUAAUAAGAAUCCCCCCAACCCUCUGAGAAGACCUCAGGCAGGAGAAAAGGAGCCACCCCAGGCCCGACACCUGAUGAGUGUGGUGGCAAGCCUGGCCCCUCCUCUCCCCGUGACCAUGCAAUCCACCCCUCUUCCCCUCAGCCCUGCGGAGACAGGGCAGGCCCUUUGAAUGGCACUUUACUGAAAGCCAGGGUUCUCAAGGAGAAAGCUUGCGGCUAGCUAGAGGCAGCUGCUGGCAGGCCCUGCCUUAUUCCACCCAUGCUGUCCCCAGAGCUAGGCCCAGGAGUUCUGCCCCUGGGUGCUCUCAGCCCAGCAGACUGGUUGGCAGUGCCACCUCCUUCCAGCCCUCUGUGCUCCCAGUGGAGAGCAGAGCUUUGUCAUACACAAUGCCUGAGGGCAGGUAGGUCGUAGGCAGAUGGAGGCCACCCCCCGGGUCUCCAGGAGCUGCGCCUUCCCUGCCGGAGGGGCGAGGUUCAAAGACAGCUGCCUCCUAUCGGGAGAGUGUGGAAAGACCUGGAAAUACAGAGCUCCCUCUGAGGACGCUGCUUGGAGCUCCAGUCACUAGGAGAACUCCAAUUGUAUAUAGAUAGAUACACACACAUACACGUAUGUAAGUGUUAUACACGUAUAAAUGUCGUGGGCAGUCCUAGGGUUCUUGUAACUUGCUCUUGUCUCGUAGCCUCCUGCAUUGGGCUCCUGUACUCCUGUCCUAUGGUUGCCUUCUUGUCUGUAAGCCUGCAGCUGCACGUCGUGUUCCGUCCCCGUGUCCUCUGUGCUGAGCCCAGUGCCCGAGUUUAGUAAACACGUGGGAAAGGAACGUGGCACUGCUGGCCCAGUGAACUCAGACCCGGGGCCGUAGUUUCUCUAGCUUUACCUCGAGGCAACCCAAAGCAUCUGCAAUGUUGGGUUCCCAGUGGGAAAAAAAGUAUUAGGAACGGCGCGUUGAAGUCCCUGGUGAGGGAGUUGGGAGGGCUGGGUUCUUCUGAGGCACAGACAGUCUUUGCUGGGCUGACACGGCUUCAGGAAAGGAGUCCCCCUGCAGGGAGGCGCCAGUGGCAGGAGGCUGUGCUCUUGGGCUCCAGCCUCACUUUCUUCAAGUGAACCAGGCAAGGAAGAGACUGGCGCACCCUGACGCCACUUCCAUCACCCUAGUAAGUGAACGAUGCGGUCCCUGCAGGCCACACAGUAACCCACCUUCACUAAAGUGCGUUGUAUCUCUGCGUUACCACGCCGUUCCGUUGGCUCUAACUUAUAAGCUAACUGCUUUGAACGUAAGCUCCUUUUAUCACCUAGGGACCUACACUCAAGGACGACUAGACACAGGAAGGAAAACGUACAGGUGUUUUCAGCAGAAAGUGGAUUUGCCAGGACAGAUGCUGGACACUUGCAGUCUGAUUUUGGAAAAGCUCCAGGGUCCCCAGUCUUACACUUAAAUUACACUUAAAAUGUCAGCGCAGCCUUUUGUUCGUUCUCAGUCUGAUUUUUUAAGUAUUAUUUUGUUUUAGGCAUGGCCGUCAGGUAUGCAAUAGGAACUGAACGGGUUUGGCAUGGAAUAAAAGAGUGCCCAGAGGGGACACUCGCGUGUUUCCUUCCAUGGUGCCUUGACGUUGGGCCCCUCCCCCUUGCCGAGUGGGGAACGGGGACGAGGCCCACACUUGUUUUCUGAUGGACAACUAGUAAUAGAAUGUAAGAGCUUAAACUAUUGGGGUGAGUCCUGCCUGCUUUGCCCCUGCCCCAAGAACUCCCCUGGAUACCAACCUUGGGCCCCUUCACCUUUGGACCAUUUGCCUUUGGAAACUGGACUUUUCAAGAGCCAUGUAAGUGCCCUGGUGGUAUCUCCGUGUAACUGGUACGUUGUCUGACUGAAUUCAUUGUCAAAUAGAAUUGUUCCCAUUUACUUUGGUUGCAAACAAAUAAGGAAUGUUUGCAAGCGUUGGCUUGAAAUGAGCCCUCUAGUGCACAGGGGCUAUUCUGAGGGUUAAACUAGCCGGACAGACAGCUGGGUUCAAGGGCUCAGGAAAGGCUAUAAGCGUGGAAUUGUGCGGAAGAGCCCAGCGCCCGUGCUUGGGUGUUCCUGUGGGCCCGCGCGAGGGUGAGACAGAAAGGCCCCGUGGCGAGCUGCGUCGGGUCUGCCGAGUGUGCAGGCUCCUCUGACCGGGAUCGUGGGCAGCCACCGGAGGCCAGGUGGACACUGUGACUCUGAGACCAGGAAGGGAGGCUGGGCCUGGUCCCAUGUGUUCCUUAGCAAAACGCCACAUCAGUCUCCUGAGAAAUGCGCUGUGACUUCCUUCCGGUUGUUUUUGCUGCCAGACUUCGGGCAGCAUGGCAGCAUCCACACUUGGCAUUGUGGGUGCAGAGGGCAGCGCUCAGACAGGAAGAGGAGGUAGAGGGACUUGGUGGCGUAGUGGGGGAGCUAAGAAGUGCUUGGGUUGAGACGGGUGGGUGGAAGAAGGGGGUGUUCUGGGGGACCCUAGAAGGGUUUCUGUAGGACAGUUACAGGUUAAAGGGUCAGUUAGAACCAGGGUGUGGAGAGCCUGGGAUGCCACCUGCAAAAGUUUGGGCUCUAGCUGGUUCCUAAUGAGGAGCAGUUUUCCUAAACAUGAAAGAACUGUUCUACGACCACCACAGAUUGUAUACACUGUAGUCAUCUAGACGGUUCUGAUUCCCCCGAGGUGUGGAUCUGUGGGUAUGGCUGGCUGAGUCCCCCACACAUGUGAGAGGCCAUAGCUUCAGCACAAGGGGCCCCCUCCACAGUUCUCAGGAGUUUCGUCUUACGCUAGACCCAGUGUGUCUAUGACUUCUCAGGACAGGGGCCCUCCGGGAUUCCUGGAUGGCUUCAAGUUCAAGACCUUGGAUAUUCAAGAGUGGUGCAGUGAUUCCUUUUGUGUUCAGGAAUGCCAAAGUUGGCCCUUCUCCACCACCUGGGAAUAUUCGUGUAGGGAAAAGGCCUGUGGAUUUGGAGGUUCCUGAUAUUUUAACCUUUCUUUGGCAGCCUUAUGGAGGUAUAACGGGCAUGCCUUGCACAUCUUUCAAGUGUAUAAUUAGAUGAGUUUUGACCUGUGCAUACACACGUGAAACCAGCCCCACACUCAAGACAGUAACCUUGUGGUUCCCCUGUCCCCAUCCCCACAACCGCUGCUCUGCCUUCUGUCACUAGACAGUGUCGUUUUUCUAGAGUUCUACAUAAAUGGACUCGUACAGUAUAUGUCUGGCCUCUUUCACUCAACAUCGUCAUUUUGAAAUUUACCAGGUGGUUGUGUGUAUAUCAAUACCGCAUGUUUACUGCUGUCAGUAUCCCAUUGUGUGGAUGGACCACAAUACCUGUUAACUACCUGUUGAUGGACACUUGGGUUAUUUCCAGUUUGGGGCCAUAACAAUUAAAGCUGCUAUAAAUGUUGUGUACAUGUUUCUGUGGGGACAUGUUUUCAUUUCUCUUGGGUAGAUAGCCAGGAGCAGAAUUGCUGGGUCAUGUGGUAACACUGUAUGUUUAACUUUUUGAGGAACUGCCAAAUCGUUUUCCAAAGCAGACAUGCCGUUUUCUGUUCCCACCAGCAGUGUAUGAGAGUUCCAGUUUCUCCACGUCCUCACCACUACUUGUUAUUGUCUGUCUUUUUUA